AUGAUGCACACCGCCAUCUUCAUCUGGGCGUCGCUGGGCUUCUUCGAGAUGCGACCCAAUGAAAGCGAAGUCACCAGCGACGCGGACGACGAGGAUGAGGAGGGCGUCGCUGCCGCAAGGGAAGGGCAGUCUGUGGGCAGCUCUGCAUUGCAAGAACCGUCGGACCCGCUCGACGUCGAGGGGUUUUUAUUUGCGUUGGGGGACUACCUGCGUUUCUUCUGCGCUGAAACUGCGACGAUGUCGAGGGACACGCUCGCAGAGCACACGGCACUAAUGCGCAACGGUCUUUGGCGUGCGCUCUUCAACGCUGUGUUUUACUGCGUGACCGUGUUGGACGCACGCCGCCGCCGCUCUGGCUCGCUGUCCAGCAAAGAGCGGGAGGUGCGCUCGGGUGGUCCGGAGGACGAGUACGAGGUGGUUUUCCCUUCCUCCGCGGACGACGACGAGCCAGACGAGGAGCGCGAGGCAGCAGUGCGGCUUAGCUGGCGGGUGCCCGGGGAGUCGGAGGAGGCGCGCGCGGCGCGCUGUGCGCGUGAUCCGCUUCCAUCUAUGAGUCCUCUGUGGGCUGGCGGACCGCCCUCCCAUUUCCGAGGUAGGGAGGCGACGACAGAGGAAGGGGAGGACAACGCUUGGCGUCUGCGCGGUCAGAAUAUCGGACCAGAGCGGCGCACACCACUGCUGGAUCUGUACAGCGGCCGGCUGCGUGCGCCGCUUCCCACGGCAGACUGGUACUUCACGUUGCGCUGUCUCACCCAGAUUGGGUACAGGCGCGACACCUUCUACCUUCAAACGCCCUUUUCCGCCUCCCCGCUUGAGCUGCUGCUCGCCCUGUUGUGGUUGACGCAGCAAUACAAGCUGCUGGCGAUGGCCGAGUACGUAGAGUUGAACCGACGGUACGGUUUUCUGCUGCAGUACCACGUGGAGGACUCGUUUUGGCGCGGCUCUGCGCAUGGGUCAGCAGGAGCGCACACGAACGCCCUUGUGUCGCGGCGCGGGCAGACUCGAGAGCGCAUGCUUUACCACCUGUCCAAUGCCUCGGUGUGGCCACCCGUCAGCUUCGAGGAGAACAGCGCCGUCCACCUUCGGCUCGUCCAGCUCGAGCGUUGUCUCGGGCGAUCUGCGCCGCACGAGUCAACUACCACGUCAGCGACGCUGCAGGUGCGGCGCCUGAUGGCCGUGCAACGACUCAUCAGCCUUUCCUUCAAUCGCCUGCACCACGCACUGCAGCGUCAGGCGGAGCAAACUGUCCUCCUCGGGCUUCACUCCCCGUUGGAUGCGCAGCUGUGCCGCAAGGAGCACCACGACUUGUACGAGGAGGUGAUGGCCGGUCUUACCUACGUGCAAGGGACAGAGGCUCGUCUGCAGACGGCCGCAGCAAGCUUGGCGAAGGCUGGCUCGCUCGUGGCCUUCCUUCUGCGCUACGAAGACACAAACGUCUCUGCGGAAGAGGUGCUGCUCGCUCUGGAGGAGGACGACGCGACGUGGCUCGACAGCGACAGCGUCUACGGCAACGACGAAGACGGCGAGGAGGCGGAUGAUGCGCAACGCAACCGGUGGAAACCGCAGCAGAGCACGAAAACACCCAAAAGAACGGCGGCGGAGCGAUGGCGUCGAGCGGUGCGACGUGGCGCGCUGCCACCGCCACCACCACCACCGGCCUCGUCGUCGCUCCCGACCUCGGCGGCCGCGCUCGCGCAGUCCCUCUCCACCUUCCGCGCCACGCAGUCGCGCGCGUCGCUGACCGAGACAUGGAAGCGGCUGCUACGGCGCAGUCACGUGGCGCCACACACAAUUCCUCCAGAAAACCUGCGUUUCUUGCUGGACGUGGAAGCGCAGCGAAUCCAAGAGGCGCGCGUGCGAGAGAACAUGAGGUCCCGCUACUCGCUACAGGCUGCAUUGGCGGCGGAGCUGGCGGUGUUGGGCUACGAACGCCAGCAGCGGCGUCAGCGUAGCUCGUCGCACAGCCCCCUCCGCCGUGAUGCGAAGCUGGUCGACGAAUCCGUCAGCAGCAGACGGACGGCCGACGCGGACACAGAUGCAGAGGCGCGCCCCGUGCGUGUGGCGCUGCCAGCCAUGGAACUGGUCACCAACGCGGCGGUCACGUUUGCUCAGUUGCAGGCGGAGGAGGAGGCCUACGGACCCGUGGCGUUGAGCACGGCGGAGCUGCAGCUGACGGAGGUGGGUGAACCAGCUGCGGGGUCGACGACGUCUGCCCAGCUCGAGUUGGCGCGUCUUCAGGCCUGGGAAACGGAGCUGGAUGCCCAGCUGGACGUGCAGGCACAGACAGAGGCGCGAGUGGCACAUUGCAAGACGACACUCGAGACUCUCUUCCACCAGUUUGGGCUCCGCAUGGCUACGCCCAUUGUGCCAGGGAAGACGCACUGA